CCUAAAAAGACUUAAAAAUGAAUUACUAUAUAGAAAGCUAAAUGUAAAAAAUGAGUUAACUACUGGAGUAAAAACAAUAAGAGAUCAAUAAAUUGAAAACAUAAGUUGAAAAAUAUUCAAACUAUGAUCAGUAUAAAAUAUGUUCUAUUUCAGAUAAUUAGAAGAGCUAAAUCAGAAUAUUAUGUAGUUAAACUAUUAAUUUCAAUAACAAGAAUAGACUCAUAAAGAGUAGAUAUAUUUUAUGUAACGAGAAUUAGCAUUUGCAGAAGAUGAAAUACGAAAUUUGCAAGUAUUUCUUUUAAUGUUUUUAUUAGAGAACAAGGGGUUAAAAUGAAUAAUAAUAGAUAGCUUCACUUCUAAAGGAAUUAUCUGAAAUUAAAUAAGAAAACAAUCAACUUAAGAUAGAAUUAUUAAAACAAUAAUAAAAGCCACGAACAAAUUCCAUACAAGAAAGCACUAUAAAUGAAGUUAAAGUAAAUAUAUAGAAUUUAAUAAUUAUAUAGAGACUCUCUCCACAUAUGAGAGUACAUAAUUGCAGUUUUACAAGCCCUUCUUAGAAUAUUACAAAAGAGAGAAGAAUUCCUUCCCUUCCUGAUGUUAGUUCAAAUCGUUUAUCAAUUAAUAAGACAUCAUUCCAUAAUUUAACAUAAAAUCAAGCUUAUUCUAAAAAACCUCCUCUUUAAUAAAUACAUAAUAUCAGUCCUAAGAAAUAAUUAUUAUUUGUUCGUCAAUGA